AUGCUUCUGAAACAACUCCUCCUCAAAAACGCCAGAAGAAACGUCUUGCGGACGCGUAUGUGGACCGGAUCCACUUCUGCGUCUGUAGUGACCGUCUCUUCUGCCAUAUCUACCUCAGACUCCAGAUGUGGCUCUGGCUCUGUUUCUGGCAUUGGAUUCUCCUACGUUGUAGCACACCAGCCGUUUUUGUUUAAAGGGUUUGCCACUUCCUCGUUUGACAAAGAUAUCGACUACGAGAUCGACUUGAUCUCCCUCAAGAAAACUCCCAGGAAAUCACUGCUGCUGGACAGCUUCACGCUCGAUGAUGUAGUCACGUUUAAACAUCCUACCGUAGAAACGAAAAUUAUCUGGGAUUCGAUCAAAGACAUCGAAGGCGAUAUCGUUGCAACAAACAAGGGCUCCAAUACUGUCAAUGCUGCAAAGAAGAUCAACGACUCGGAAACGAGAGCUUAUUUGGAUUUUGUUCUGCGCUACUUCCAUGAGUUACAGACAUUCCAGACCUUUAUCCAAAAGUCAUACACGAACAAGAUCCGCGAGUUUGGCCAAUUGACAUCGAUCGAGUUAUUGAACUCAUUGUAUAUCUUCAAGAACUACUACCAGAACAACAAGAUCAACUCCAUCGACGUCAACAGCCAUGCUGUGUACAACUAUAUGUUUGAAAGAUUGUUGAGCUAUCUCACACACGAUCCAAGCUUCCCAACCUUAUUGACCAAUGAGCUCAUUCCAGCCGUCCAGAAUCGCUUGGUAUUGGUAGAAUUGUACAAGAAUGGCAUUGGCAACUAUUUGAACGAAUUACACUCGUUGGAUCGAGAGUUCAGUUUCCUGAAAUUGAAUUCAUUGCCUCAACUAUCGUCUGAAAUUAAAAAGACUUUGGACCAGUUCAACCAAUUUGUCAAUACCUACUCGGUUAUGGAUUCGAACUUCUUUAGGAUUUUGAUCCAAAUCAAUCGCUACAAGGGCUUGAGCAAUAUUUUGGCGACAUGUCCAGAACUCACCAUCAGCCACUUGACAACGAUACUUAAAGACAAACACGCUGCUGAGAUCAACUCCAGAAUAAGACAAGCUUCUGGUGAAACAGCAAAAGUCAAAGUGUUGAUUGAUUCGGUAAUUCCUUAUUUGGAUUUACUUGUGGCUACGAAAGAAGUCGAUCCCACAGACUCGUUUGUAGAUUUAGCACCUCUGUUGUUUGAAAAAACUAAAAGUAAAGAUCCUUUAGUUAGCCUGGCUGCUACAAAAGUAUUGGGCAUCUUCUUAUCGCUUUUCAAUAGUGGUUUCAUCUCCUUGGAAGAGGCUGGCAAAUACUUGGUAGCUGCCAAUGGAGAAAUCAUCGACGGAAAGCCAUAUAGCUUGGAAGAUCCAGUUCACAACUACGAAUUGGCCCAGAUUUGGGAAUCGAAUUUCCCGUUCAGCCUCUUGAAGUUGAUCAAAGUCACUUCGUUCAAGGACUUGUCGAAAGAUGAGAUUCUUGAGUUUGCUAAGAUUGAUUUAGACGAACCAGAAUACCUUGAAAUAGAAGCUGCGAUCAAUCAGUUGGUGAAAAGAAUUCCCUGGACGGAUUUUCUGAUCUUGGAGACAAUUUUAUACGACGAUCAAUUCAGAACUUGGAUGUACACAAGAGAAGCACCCAGAUCCUCAACCAUCAAGUCUACUGAAGUAGACCCAGAAUUAGAAUCAGUUCCUGUAGAAGCUUCUAAUGCUGAGAUUGCUAAUUUAGGAUUGGAUCAAUUUGUAGACGAAUUGACAAUUCUAAGAGAUGAUAUAUUGGAAGGAGACUUCCAGCUCUUUACAAGUAAUGACAUUCUCUGCAGCUUGGAGUAUAAUAUCAACGAAGUUUAUGCUGAUGGGCAGAGUUCAUUCUCUUCCAGGAUGAACAAGAAGAAUGUUUUCCAGUUCAUCAAGUUGCAGAAGAGACUUGAAAAACUAUUCGAGUACAAUGCUGGUCACACUGAACAUUUGGACAAUCUUCUUUCUACCUUUGAGAAAGAAAACGUUCCUGAGCCAAAGCUGUAUGUUCAACUUCCAGAAGAAUUGGAACUCCACAAAUUUUCUGACGAAUUGACAAUCUUUUCGGAAGACGAAUUAAAGAGACCAUAUAAAGAAUGCUCUGCAGAUGAGAUAAACUUGUUGUUGGAUUCUAGAAUUGAUGAAGUCUAUCAUGGUUUAUCGAAUUCGAAUCCUGACUCAAGAUUGUGCAAGGACAAUGUUUAUGAGUUCAUGAGAUUGAGCAAACGUUUGACGCGUUUGUUCACCUUGAAUGGUGGCCACACUGCCGUCUUGGAUACUUUGAUUCACAGUCAAAGAGUAUUUGAUGAUAUCGAGAAGAAAAUUGCUUCCAAGAAAUUGGAUAAUGUUGAGACUGCUGAAUCUGAAAGCAAACCUUACGUCCAAAUUCCAGACGAUUUGCAAUUGCACAAGUUCUCUAACGAACUUGAAAUCUUGAGAACGGAUGAAUUGAAGAAGCCUUUCAAGGAGGCUACUGUCCAAGAAGUCAAAUCUUUGUUAGAUUGGAGAACUAAUGAAUUCCUCAAUGACUUGCCAAAUUCAAAUCCAAGUUCAAGAAUGAACAAUAAGAAUGUAUAUGAUUUUGUCAGAUUGAGCAGAAGAUUGAACUAUCUUUUUGACAUGAAUGGUGGAUAUACUGAACCAUUGGAUAGCUUGAUUCACAGUCAACAAGUGUUUGAGGAUUUUGAAAACAAGGUUUUGCCUCAGAAGAAGAAGCAAGUUGAUGAAGUCUACAAACAGAUUCCCGAGGAUUUCUUCUUGGAAGAGUAUAUUGUAGAAUUGUUACAAUUGAAGGAAGAAAUGGGAAUUCAAAAGUUUGCUAGUGUACCUGCUUUCGAGAUUCUUCAGAAAUUGAACAAUUUGGCUAAUGGUUCAGCUAGCAUAACCAAGAAGAUCAUCUGGAGUAAGUUAUUCCGUAAUUUGUCUGUUCUUUUCAAACAUAACCACGACAACUCAUUUGUUUUGGACAAUGUUUUGCUCAAUGGUGAAGAAUUCGUCAAGUAUGAAUCUAGGAAAGAGUUUGAAAAGAUGGUUCACAAACAUGAUUCUUCAUUGAUUGGCAAGAACAGCACAUUAGUAAACGAUUCGUUCAAGUAUCUUGAAGAUUUCUUGGUGAAACUGAACUUGAUCAACAAGAGUGGUAUCUGGAACUUAACAAGAUCUGAAUUUGACGGCAUCUUGAGAGGCUAUACAUCCACUUUAGACAAGAGUUCGUAUGAGUAUCCUGUAAUGUUAGAUUUUAUUGAGAGCUUGAAGGAGUUUAACAUUUCCAUCGACUAUUAUCCUAAUUUCUUGCAGCAGUUGUACGAAAUCAAAUCCAACAACGUGAACAAGAAAUUGUCAAGCUUGGAUGUCGAAGACAUCUACAAGGCGUUCAUUGAGACUAUUGAGUAUGAAGAAAAUAGAGAACCUCAAUUGCAGCAAAGAAUUAUAUGUACUUCUGAAAAUGCCAACAUUGGAAUGAAUGAUAUCAAAACUGCAGAAACUGAGAACGUUGUCGAACCAGCUAAAUCUGACUAUAAUGAUUCCGAGCGAGUUUUGUCUUUGUUGGUAAAGAAUGAAGACCCUGUUGAUUUGGAAUCUUCACAACAAUUACGCGGAAGAAUUGUACAUGAAGAUGAAGACGACGCUGUUAUUAGAAAGGCAGUCAGUGCAGCAUUACACGAUAGCGAAACUGUCAAGGAAUAUUCACAAGACUCACAAAUUGAAUCCGAGACUGACGUGAAACUUCAAAAGAAGCGGACUUCAAAGACUGCUACUGUAGAAACUCCUGCCAUUGACAAGAGCACUCUCGAAGAGUUCUUGCAAAGAGUCAAAAAAGAAAAGGAGCUAGACCAAGAGCGAGAAUUCAGAGAAUCCAAGGCAUUUGAAUGGAGUAACAGUAUGUACAAUUCCCACAGAUCUAUUGAAUCGAACAACUUCUUCAAUCCAUUGGAUGCCAAUACGCAUCAUGGAAGAGACCAAGUGGAGUAUUUAUUGUGGAGUUUGGAUGGACAAACUAUUCCAUUCCACAAAAAGUCGAUUGGGAAGCUUCCUGAAGAAGAUGUGUUUGGCAUCUUGGACAAAUUCGAUAAACAGGAAUUGACUAAGUUCGUUAAACACUUCAAAAAGUUGCAGAAGAAGGGUUGGAAGUUGGUAGGAAGCAAAUUCGACGAAGACAAGAAGUAUUUCAUCUUGGCGAGAAACCGUCACAACAAGAAACAGUCUUUCCGUAAGUUUGUCAAGUCUUUCUUUGCAACGGCAGGUGCCGUGUUGCUUUCUUUGGUUGGAAUCAAUUGGUGGUUGGAUUCAGCCGAGAUUCCAGACCUUCAAAAACAGCAAAAGUUGAUUAAUCACCAAAAACCAGUUGAAGCGGUACCACCACAGCUUGUUACUGUCGCUCCAGUUGCAGAUGAGGUUGUCCCAGAAGAAAAGAAGUCGUCUUCAUUCUGGAAGAGUCUCUUGUGGAAAUAA